UGGCUUACUUACAGUAUACGAUGUUAGAAAAGGGUUCUGACUUGGAGUUUCAGCAGAGACUCCAAAGGCCAAGCAUGCUAUAAGAGGUGACAGUACUCCUAGGACCCCCCACACAAGGAAGAUGGUCCCAUUUUUCUGCCUGUGACAUUUGUGUGAUGUCUAGAGCAGUGGUAGUCUUUUCAUAACCACAAGGAGGCUUGCUGAUGCACAGAGCUGGCAGAGUGGAAAGAUAGAAAGAACCUUGACCCUUGAUGAUGUCACCAGACUCUGGAAUUAAGCAACCUAGGAGCCAUGUUGUCAUGUAAGCAUCCCAAACAGACUAAGACAACUAGGAUCACCACUUACUUGGGCUGGAAUUUCCAAGAUGGCCUUAUUCACAUGUUCAGUGCCUCGUGGGAGCUGGGCCUCUCUAGCUGCAAGUUUCCAAAGCAAGAAAGAUGUACAGACAGAAAAACGCCCUUGUGCAGAUGGUAAUGGAGGUGAAGGUUGUUUAGCUGCUAAUGUGGAGGCGAACAUUUCAAGAGACCAAGAAAAGACUCUCCUGACACAAAUCAUAGACUUGAACGCACCCGUGAGGCCUGGCAUUCUUGUCCAGAGACGGAGUAAAGAAGCAUUGAUCACACCCUUAGAAGAGAAAGAAAACAUGGAAGAAGAGGGGGAGGACAUAGUAAGAGAGAAGCAAGAACCUAAGAAUGCUGAAGGAAAUGGUCAAGAGGAUGAGGAUUUGCAAAAACCACCCAUACCUGUCACCAGAAGUCAAUCAGCUGUUGAAAACCACAGAAGACCUUUAAAAGGAGUGACAUUUUCUAGGGAGUUGCGUUUUACUGACGACGAUGCUCAGGCCGAGGCCUCAUGCGGUGGGUACCGCCUCCUCCCGCUGCGGGGCUGCUUGGCCUUGUUGGGUUUUCCGGGGCGGGAGGCUCAUGGCGCGUAUAUUCCUGGGCCGCAGGUGCAGGGGCUCAUACUUCUCACCCUCGUAGAAUUGGCUGAACUUCUUUUGCUGAGCUUGUUUAAUGACGGUGGGAACACAGGCCAUGGAUUUGCAAACAAUCGAAUCGAAUCUUGGAGCGCUUGGAAGCCACAUUGCCUGUCACUUAAGCGACGCGCAGCUGGGACAGUGCCUCCUUCAGCUCUUUUAGUUGUUUAAGCGGCAAUUCCUUGUCACCAGGGUCUCGCCUUAAUCUUGGCCUUGGCUGCCGCCCCUGCUCCACGUACUCGGAGGGAAAGAAGCGGGGGUGGGGAGGCGGCUCAUUAUAGCCUGAUUGCCCACCAUGUUCCCCUUCCCCUAAUUACUUCCCCAUCUUUGUUAAAGCUUUUUUUCUUUGGUUUGAACCUACCUCUCCCAUCUUCUAGCUGUCAAAAUUCCAUCCAUCCUUCAAAGGCCCAG